AUUUAUCUUUACAUUGCUGUGAGUUAUUUUUUGAUUAAAAUUAUUAAUAAUUUUGACUAUUAAGCAAGAAAAUCAGUGAAAUCAUUGAAUCAAUGUAAAAUAUAAAGCCAUCACAUACAAAAUCAACAUCACAAACUUAGGAAAAUAUGAGAAAAUUAAUUUUAAAAAAUCAUUUGUGAAAGAUUCAAAGAUCAAGUUGCACAAAAGUGAACAAUUUCCUAUCAUCAGCUUCAUAAAGUGUCCAUUCAGCCAUGCACUUCUCAAUUCCAGAAACAGAGCAGUUUGUGCAGAAUGGAAGCAAUGCAUUUAUAGGCUAUAAUAUUUUCAUUAAUGGAAGCUUCCAUUGCUGUCUACGCUACAAGCAACUCCAUAGUCUUCAUGAACAAUUGAAGAAAUCAUUAGCGAAUCUCUCACUACCACAAUUUCCGCCCAAAAAGUUUCUAACUCUCACUCAAAGUGAAUUGGAACAACGUCGACUAGGUUUAGAAAGAUAUUUACAAUUAAUUGGACAAGAUCCGGUAAUAUCCAAAUCAAAUUUACUACGUACAUUCUUCCUUAGUGCACAACAAGAGUCUGCAUUUAUAGAGACAUAUGAAACCACAAUAGAUGUAUUUUUAAUGAAUGAAUAUCGUAUAUCCGUUAAUAUAUCAACCACAGAAUGCUCAUCUAAAGUGCUAGAAAAAGCCUUACGUGCCAUCGACUUAUCAGAAGAUUGUACGUACUAUUUUGCCUUAUUUUUAAUUCGUAAGGACUCAAAUGGCAGUGUAACAUUGCUAAGGAAACUACUUGAUUUUGAAUCACCAUUCAUAUCAUUACGUACAGCAAAUGACUGUGAGAUUGUUAUUAGACGUAAUUAUUGGGAUUCAUCAUAUGAUCUUGAUUUAAUGCGCGAUAGAAUUGCUUUGAAUCUCCUUUAUAUCCAAUCAAUUAGUGAUUUUGAACGUGGAUGGAUUAUCACAAAUAAUGACACAAAACAGAAACUGAAUUUAUUACAAGCAUCAGGAAAUAAGAGUGAAUAUAUGAGUAUUGUUAGAAAUUUACCAUCUUAUGGCUGUCUAAACUUUCCGAAUGUCAUUUGUGAUUUUCCUGAAACAAACACAAAUACGACAAUAAUCGUUGGUAAUCAAGAAUUGUCAAUUCGAAUACAAAUCGGACGACAAGUACAAGAAACAAAGUUUCGUGUGACGAGAAUGCGAUGCUGGCGAGUUACAACUAUACACAAUGAUAAGGAUUAUGAUAAGAAUUUAAAGGACAAGAAUCGAUAUUCAUUUGAGUUGUCAUUUGAAUAUCUCAUGUCCAAAAAUUGUCUCAGAUGGAUUAAAUUAGUUACUGAACAAGCAAUGCUUAUCUCUGUUUGUCUGCAGAGUAUGGUCGACGAGCUUCUAAACCAAAAGAAUGGAUAUGACAUUAACAAUAUUCAAAAUUCACACACUUCCGAUCUUCAAAUUGACUACAUUAGACGAGAUUUUGGCUCCGUAUCAAGCAGGAUGUCUGAUUCAGCAAGUGAUGGAUCGAUCAAUAGUUUGAGUGAACUGAAGCCAAUGACAAGAAGCAGUGAAGUUUCCAAAAUGAAAAUUAAGAAGAAAGUGUCUACGUCUGUGUUCUUUAAGAAUGGCAAAGAAUCUGUCCAAAAUGAAGCGUUUGAAAAUAUUGGUGAUGAUGAUCUUUAAACGAGAUUUAUGUUAAACUGGGAAAAAGCCUUAUGUCGAGAUUGUAAUGACAGUUGAUUGAUGUGAUCUUGAAAAGAAGUAAUUCAAGUUUUUAAUGAAAAUGACAUAAUUAAUCAGCAUUAAGACUUUCAUCAAAGAACUUUCAUUAUAAUCUUGCAACUUUCUACAAAAAUUGAUUUCCAUUUUAAGGACUUUUCUCUUAAAAACUAUUUUUUGACGUAAUUUGAUUGAAUUUAAACUUCUAAGUACCUAUGGAAUAUGACAAGAUUAUUUUUUUAUACUUAUUUAUCAAGCAUCAUACAUUUAAGGUAUUUGAGAGAUUUUUAAGACCAGGAAUAUCAAGUUGUCAAUUAAUGUUUAAGAUUCUGCCAUGAAAUAAAGAACCUAGAGAUUAUAUCAAGUCAACCUUCUCUGAAAAUCAUACGUAACGUCUUACAAUACCGUAAAGUAUUUCCAUUACUCAAUGGUUCCGAAAAAUCUCUUAAAUACUUUAAUUGAUAAUUUAAAUUAUGAAUUUCCAAUAAGUUAAAUUUAUUAUUCUGACAAUUUUAAUUUAUAUGCAUCGUAAUUUAUCUUGUAUUAUUAAAUCAUAAUAAUUUUUUGUAAUAAAAUAUAUACAGUAAUUGAGUAAAGCACUAUUAGUACUCG